GCUAGGGAGGCCCCUGCCAGUCUGUCACAGGCUCUUGGCGCUGGCGCGGGCUCUGGCUUUUACACACACACACGCACACACAAACACACACUGGCAGGCACCCCCUUGGUGGCCCCUACAGUCUCACCUUCAGGCUCAAAGCUGGCUCCGUGGGGGACACAGUGACAUGAGAGGCAUACCAGAGACCCACCUCCUGGCCUUCUCCCUCCUCUGCCUCCUCUUGAAGGUGUGUGCUCAGCUGUGCCCAACACCGUGUGUCUGUCCCUGGCCACCACCCCGAUGUCCACUGGGGGUGCCCCUGGUGCUGGAUGGCUGCAGCUGCUGCCGGGUAUGUGCACGGCGGCUGGGGGAGCCCUGCGACCACCGCCACAUCUGUGACCCCAGCCAGGGCCUGGUCUGCCAGCCUGGGGCAGGCCCUGGUGGCCGGGGAGCCGUGUGCCUCUGGGGAGAGGAUGAUGGGAGCUGUGAGGUGAACGGCCGCGUGUACCAGGAUGGGGAAACCUUCCAGCCCCACUGCAGGAUUCGCUGCCACUGUCAGGAUGGUGGCUUCACCUGUGUGCCACUGUGCAGUGAGGACAUUCGGCUGCCCAGCUGGGACUGUCCCUAUCCCAGGAAGGUUGAGGUCCCCGGCAAAUGCUGCCCCGAGUGGGUGUGUGACCAGGGAAGGGGGCUAGGGUUCCAGCCCCUCCCAGUCCCAGGACCCCAGUUUUCUGGCCCUUUCAUUCCCCCAGCCCCUGGCAUCCCCUGCCCAGAAUGGAGCACGGCCUGGGGCCCCUGCUCAACCACCUGUGGGCUCGGCGUGGCCACCCGCGUAUCCAACCAGAACCGCUUCUGCCGACUGGAGACCCAGCGCCGCCCAUGCCUGCCUGCGCCCUGUCUGCCCACCCAGCCCCGCGGCCUGCACAGUGGUGCCUUUUAGAGCGGGCUGGGUAUGGAGACCCACCCUCCCCGGCAGGCAGCCCUGUGCCAGGCCCUGGAGGACACAACAUUCACAAGCGUCUGGUCCUUCUGGACCCUGAGAUGAAGCAGGGCAGCUUCAACAACCUGGGAGGCCGGCCAAGGUUUCUAGGGUUUUCUGGUCU